AUGGACAAGCGACGCACCGCCGCGGAUUCAAGGCUGGAGAUUUACGGUGAGCUAGGAAUGAAGCGCGAUGAGCGCCUCACUCUCGGCUUCGUGGGUCACACAUUCGUGGUUAUGGACACGCACGAGGACAAGAUCCUGUUCGUCCGCGACCGCAUUCGCGAACGCUUCCACAGUUAUGUCAUCUUUUGUAACACCGCUGAUUCGGUGGCGCUCGUCUCCAGCGCCCUCCUCUCUCCAGCGAAUGACAUGAAAUACAAUCCUUUCGACACCUUUCUCGCCGCUGACGAGUACAAGUUUCGUCGGAGACCGCGAGCGCUGGUCACAAACAGCGAUCUCAGGGACGAGCGGCUGUUUGAUGAUCUCAGAGGGAAUCUGGUGGUAAACUAUGACAUCCCAGACGAUCUAGCGACGUAUUACUACCGUGCUGCAAGAGUUCAUAACCGCUGUUCCUCCAAAGCAGUUGUUAAUCUUGUAUUCAAGGAGGAACUGCAAAAGCUGAUGCGUUACGAGGAGCUGCUGCGGCUGGAGAUCUUACCUAGCCGUCUUAUCAAGCUUCACAUCUACUGGGAUGAUCCACCCUUGGAAAAAGGCUCACUUACACAGCUUCAAGUCGCGGCUGGACGAGUGAGCAUGGAUGAGUAUCGCAGGUUUGACGAAACAAGAGGGGAAGAAAGACGUAGGGAGAAGGCUCAGCGGAUGGAGGGAAGGCAAGCAUUAAUACUUUUCGUGUCUCUGACUGUGUUUCUCUAUCUUAGGAUCUCCUUGAAGGUGCCAUGGUCUUACAUCGAGAAUUUAAUCGAGCAGCCAAAGGCACGAAGCAAGAAAGUGGACACUAUCGAGCCCCCGAAGCGAGGAAGCAAGAAAAGAAAGGCAGUGGACACUACUAUCGAGCCGCCAAAGCGUCCUCGAUGGAGUUUGUUGCGUAUCACUUGUCCGGAGGUGGUGUGGCGAAACCACCACAACUAUUAUCAUGACGCCUCCUCAGAAAUUAGCUGUAAUGCAAAGGGUCUGACUGCCCAGAAUUCAACCAAGAGCCAGGCAUGCUACGAGCAACACAUAAGGAAUUCGAUGUACUUAGCAGCUGCACUGUCUUUGUAUGUCGCGAGUGAUCUCUCCGAAACCGGCAGUGGGUCUGUAGCGAGUUUUACGAAUCCUGCUCGAUCGAACCAACCCAUCACUCCAACAUCGAUUGGCAUAGUGUUGCAUUGUGACAUCCCAUGA